UAAUAAUGAGGCUGAAAUUUCUCAAUCGGUCCAAAAGACACAAACUCAAAUGCCUUGGAAGGAUGACAUUUACUCCCAAGUAAAAGGACCUGAAAAGAGGGGACAUGUGCGUUGUAUAGGCAAUAUUCCGAAACCUAAAAAAUCAAAAGCUUUUUUGUCCGAAAAUCAAGAGUUGAGGGAUGAACUUAAGAAAAUGCGAGAAAGUCAAGAGAGGACAAAUGUGUUUAUGGAAAAUAUGAUGUCAGUGAUACAAAAUCGAUUAUCUCAAGAAGAUUUGAAUGUUAUUUUACAAGCUGCAAGACAGGCUACAGAUGCUUCUAGUGCCCCAAACCAGACAAAUUCUAAAAGUCCAUGCCCGGAUGAUGAUGAAAGAGAGGAAGAUUAGAAAUUAGUUUUAUAUUAGAUAUGUUUGUGUUUUUUGUUAAUUG